GUGGCCUGCGAUUGGCUGAAAAGCCGAGGGAGAAGAGCUGUCGACUAAUCGCAUUUCACUGUGGAGUCUAUCAGUGAGAAUACAAAAAUACGGACACAACAUUUCACACAUCACAAAGUCAGAUUAAUUUUAAAAAGAACAAAAGACAGGCAAGGGGAAGCUAGUCGUACAGUUACAGCAAUAACAUCAACAAUAUCCUCAAUCAUCACACUUUCUAAACAUACAUCAAAUAUAUAGCCAUAAGACAUUAUUGAAAAUGGGAGUAACUUAAAUAUAAAAGCCUUUUAGACUUUACACACAAGGCCCGUGCUCGUUCGUGGUCUCUCUCUCUAUAUAUAUAUAGAUAUGAAUAACCUCACGACACUACAUUUCCCAUAGAUCAUCGCGGUUUAAAUCCCGGCUGAGAGGGGUUUGUGGAUCUUGAAGUAAUACACGUUACGUUUUGUCCCACUGCUCUGCGAAGCUGCUUCCAGAUGAAACUACAUUUCCCAGACAUAUUUGGUGAACAGUAGUUGACCGUUUGGCUCAUCCUUUACGGGAGUCGAAAUUGGCUUUCUACUGCAUAUUGCUGACAAACACCGGGCUAAUGAAAUAAUUAUUCCACCGGCGAAUAUUAACUUUUUGGUGAGUUUCUAACAAAUCAGCCGUAGGGAGAAUUAAACCGACAAUAAACCACAUUUUCUCUAGAAUAUCCUGGAUCUAAGAGGAAACAGCCUGCCUCCUCAGACAAGACAAGUGGCAACCAGCUGCAGUGAUGAGCACACUGUGUUGAAGUGUACUUCGCUGAACACUUUCUGAACGGAUUCGAUGACUUGCUUCAUAUUCAAGAUGUGAGGACCGCUUCACUUCCUCCCUGUUGGGAUUCAGCAUGGCGCAGGAGGAGGACGCACACAGCCUGGAGGCGAAAUUUGUUGCUGCAGUUAAAGUGAUCCGGAGUUUGCCUGAAGAAGGUCCUUUCCAGCCAUCUGAUGACAUGCUGCUGAUGUUCUAUAGUUACUACAAGCAGGCCACCUUGGGGCCCUGUAACAUCUCAAGACCUCACGGCUUCUGGGACACGAGUGGAAAAGCCAAAUGGGAUGCAUGGAGCUCAUUGGGAAAUAUGACAAAGGAGGAAGCCAUGAGGAAUUAUGUCGAGGACAUCCAGCUGAUUUUGGAGACCAUCCCAAUCUCGGAUGAGGUGUCCGAUUUGGUAGAGAAACUUGGCAACUUCUACACAGAAGUCAACAGAGGAGAAGAAGAAGAAGAAGAAGAAGAAGAAGAAGAUAAUGAGGAGGACCAGAGACCCUUCACCCGGCCUUUUGCAAGCCCUUCAGAUGAAAUGGUCCGACAAUUUUACAAACCGACAAUGGAAGGCUAUGGGGAUCUGUGGGAUGAUAUACAAAAUCUCGGAGAAAUUGACAGCAGUGCUCACUGCACAAGUCUCUUAAGUGGCAAGGAGGCAGAAGAAAGCAAUGCAAAUAGUGAAAUCGAGAGAAACGAGGAAAGUAGAGAUUGGAGGAACAGUGAGGAAGAGGAGAAUGGGGAUAAAGAAGACAAUGCAGAUGACGAAGACAAGGAGGAGGAAGAAGGUUCAGUCUCGGACUGGAGGCCUGGCCAAAAGCUGCUGAUGGUGGACAAGAGGUGGAGGUCUGACACUACGGGGUCCUGCAGCAGCAUGGAGCCCAGCAUGUCCUCCUUCACCAACGGGACACAAAGCUCCCUCAACAACGAGGUGGAGGAGGAGGAGUUGGCCUGUUGUAUGGAGCCCAGUGUCCAGCAUAACUCUUAUAUGCACUUUAAUGGACAACUGAGUGGCCAUGCUGAUGCUUUUCCUGAGAAGACCCAUCGCUCCACAGACUCCGAUAAUGAGGAAUUCUGUGACUCAAUGGAGCAUCUGGCCAUGGAAAAGGGGCUGUCUACGUCAAGAAUACUGUCAGCUGGAGCAGGAGCUGCUUCAGUGAGGCAGAGGGAACUUUGGUUUGAGAGUAACACUACCCUUAAGGGAGGAGAGGACCAAGUACUCAUGGUCAUGGGAGACUCCUACCUUAAAGAAGGGAUUAGUGCAAGCCAGCACAACAGCUCCUUGUCAAGAAGAGGGAGAGGUUCACAGUCGCCGAGAGCGGCCCGCAGCUCUCAUCGGGCUGCCAGUGUCGAUGCCGCCUGCUGUUGUGUGUCACAGAGCAGACAUUCAAUCAGCUCUGUCCAAGGAAACGUCAAUGAGCGAAUAGCUGCAGCUCUGCUGCGUCUGCAGCAUGACAUGGCCACGGUGUUGCAGAGGCUGCGUGCUGUGGAGGCGCUUACGGUGUCACAGUCUAGAUCAUCUUCGCCAUGGCAAGAGGACUCCCUAACUGUAGCACAAAAGUUCCUGAGACCAUCUUGGUGGCCUUUUGACUUUUCUCCCCUCACUGCGGUGUUUACUGCACUCUGGCCUCUGAUUGCCCAUUGGCUCGUCCAGCUUUAUUUACAACGGAGGAGAAGGAAAAUCCCUUGAAUUAUUUGUCAACCAUCGGCAUCAAUCAAAGAACAUGAAGCUGGCGUGGAAUUGUUGCACUUAUGUGGCUUUCUCAAGCCCCUUCACAGAUGCAGUCUGGUGAGGCUCCAGAAGAAAUGGAGAGGCUACUUUAGAUAAAUGAAUAGUCAUAAAGGUGUGUAAGACUUUGCUAAAUAGUGUAGCAUUUUGACUUCAUGGAUACCAUUUACGUGUUUAGGAAAAGGAAGAUUUGUGCAUUAUAAAUGCUAGCAUAUUUUAUUUGGUCCAGCGAGCUUAGCAUUAGACGGUGUUUUUAUUUAUGACAGGAACUUUAUAUACACAUAACUCAUACCACUGAGUUAACUAUUUAUUGAAAUGAAUUCAGGAUAAUACAGUAGCUGUUGACCUUAACCCUCCUGUUAUGUUGCGGGUCAAAUUGACCCGUUUCAAAGUUUGAAAAUCUAGGAAAAAUACUUCUAAGUACUUUUUCUGUAUAAAACUUCUUCUGCCUACCUUAUUUAGUGUAAUCAACGUUAAAAAAUAUAAAAUAAAAAUAUCAUGUAUUUGCAACCCCCCCCUGCAGGUUUAUAUAACAGAGAUGAUGUUCCCGGGUCAAUUUGACCCGGCUGUGAAAGUGAAGGCUAAAAGUCACCAAAAGAGUCACGUUUAGACUAUUUCUUUCUUUGUAAAUGUAGGACAGUCUUUCUUACUCCCUCCCACCAAGUUUCAACACACACACUCACACCAACACACACACAAACACACACCAACACACACACUAACACACGCGCGCACAGACACCAACACACACACACACACACACAUAUCAGCACACACACACCCCGUUCACAACCCCAUAUAUAAAGUUGUACACAUUUCAAACUUCAAACAAAAGAAUCAGGUGGUUGUUAUGGGAACCAUCUCUAUCCUGCUGUGUGCCCAUCACCCUACAUGAGAAGCACACUUUACAGAACAGUGUUUAUCAUCUUCUAACUUUCCCCCUAAAUACACCUUUAUUGGACAUGGGACACUAAUGUGAGGGUUUCUUUCAUGUCUCAACUAAUACAUAUGUAGUAAUAGUACUUCUAAUAUACUGUCUGUCUGACUGGGAGAGACACACACCCUGUCUCAUCCCAAUCUCAGACCCACACAUUCUCUUUCUAACGACCCCACCUGUGCGAGAAAUACAGAUACUAUUUUGACGGGAACCUUUAUUUUUCCCUGCGGGAAAACUCCACUCACACGUAUCAGGGGAGGGCCAAACAUACAAAAUGGUUGCUGAGAAGUCCUACAUUACACUCUGCAGAUACAUACGACUGCACCAAGAGGAUGACUGUGUGCUGGCCUUUGGUCAUCUUUUAUCAUAUAAUUUAUGCAUCUUAACACUAAAAAUAAACAUAACUAACGUUUAAUUUCAAUACAAAUCCUUUAUGACUCAUUUGGCUUGAUUUUUAGUGGGCGGGUCAUUAUGACCCUGAACAGCACAGGUGUCUCAUCUCUAUUUAUCUACAUCACCCCAUGAAAAAAAAACUUACAAAAUGCAAAUAAAAUUUAGGAGAAAAUACAUGUUAUGGUAGACUAAUGCAAUUUAGAUUUAGAUUUUUUCAAUGUACCUAAAAAAUAGUUUGAACAUGUAUUUUUCAUUAAAACGAGUGAGUGCUCCUGAUUGAACUCUGAUCUAUGGAGGGGUAAAUAACUCAAUUCCACUAAAAACUGAUUUAAUUGUUAGUAAUGUUGUUGGUGAUGAGGUACAAACUAUAGUUUUUAGAAUUUUUUGGUUUCUGACCACUUUUGGAUGAUUCAACAUUAACCGGGUCAAAUUGACCCGGGAACAUCACGGCUGUAUGUAAGAAACGAAUAUAACAGGAGGGUUAAGCGAUUCCCCAUUGUCAUUGCAAGUUAUUUUAUUUAUUGCACAUUUAAUUGUUCAUUUAGGUUUCUUUCAUGUUUUGGCAAACUUAUUUUUUCUGUUUAAUAAGGACUUUUAUAUUGUUAGAAUUAUAGAAAUCAUUGAGGUAAAUAUUUUUUAGACCAAAUAGAGAUGCUGACUAAUUUUGUAUUUAUAUGUAAAAGUAUAUAUUUAUUUGAUGGCUUUAGUGCAAUAGUAUAAAAGUGUGCAGCUUUGUUCAAAGUGAGAAACAGAGAAAAGAUACACACAUUCUGGUUUCUUGUCAGUUAUACAGUGAAAAUGAAUAUUUCUCAAAAGAGGUGUGGUGCUUUUGAAUAUAAAGUUGUUAAACACAACUAGGUAAAGCACAUUUUGACAUGCAAUAAACACAUUCUUUUGACAAACUCA